GAGGUUGAAGCUCAGUCAAUACAGAUGUGUUGUUGACCAAGGACACUUUUCUUUGGCGUGUGUGUGUCUUAAAGUGUCGUAAUGUUUGAUAAUUCUCAGUAUCCGUACAAUUGUUUUAACUAUGACGGAGACGGCUAUCCGUCCUCCAGCACGGAUGAGGAGAAGAAGAUGUGCAGGCCCGCUUACAGUUACAUCGCCCUGAUAGCCAUGGCCAUCCAGCAGAGCCCGGAGCAGCGGGUCACCCUGUCAGGGAUCUACGAGUUCAUCAUGCGGCGCUUCCCCUACUACCGCUCCAACCAGCGGGCCUGGCAGAACUCCAUCAGACACAACCUGUCCCUCAACAGCUGCUUCAUCAAGGUUCCACGGACGGAGGGUAACGAAAAGGGCAAGGGGAACUUCUGGACCUUCGCCACGGGCUGUGAGUCCAUGCUGGACCUGUUUGAGAACGGAAACUUCCGGCGUCGCCGUCGCCGCCGGAACAUCAAGAUCGGCUUCCGGGACCCAGGCGAACCAGCCUUCCCCCGAGCCGAGGCCCACGGCAGCCGGCAGCUCGGACGCCCGCCUCCUCCACCUCCGCCUCCACCCCCGCCCCCGCCCAGACCAGACCCCACACUCUGCCCCUCGAUGGGGCCCGACACCAACGCCCCGGCCCCCAACUCGGGUCGGGGAAAACCGGAGCCGGAGAUCAAGUUCAGCAUCGACUACAUCCUGUCUACGCCCGCCCCGCCCCCGCUGCCGGGGUUCAGACCCCCGCGCGUUGGCGUUCACAUCGGGGCCCCGGGGCCCCCCAUACACAUGCUGGAGCCGCAGCACCUCAACCUCCACUUCUGGUCCCUGUGAGGAGUGAUGGACUAAACUUUGAGAGGACCCGGAAACAAAACAAACUCACAAACACACUCGGCAAGGACACUUCCAGAAAUGGAAAAUGGGGGAGAUCCAGAUGUGGAACUGAUUGGGAAUUGCAAGGGAAGGUGUGGAAUGAUUUGUUGAAUUGAGGUUGAGUAAACCGAGACAUUAUUCAAAGAAUUGAAACCAAACAGUGAAUAAGUGUUUGAACAACCUUGACUGAUACACAGUGUUCAUGUUCCUGUUGGAAAAAGUCUGUAAGUCCUGUGCUGACGUAAAUCUUGCUUGAAUGUAAUUUCAAGUUGUUAAAAACAUAUUGUAAUGAACAACACCUGCUGACAGAAUAAUAUUAACAUAUUCCAUUAACUUAUAACUAAAUAAUAUUUAAUAUUUUAAAUACUUAAACAUAAUUUAAGAUGUCAACAUUUGGGAUUUUCCACAUCAUGGAGUGAGACAGAAUCCCAGCAGCUGAAAGGGUUGGCCUAUUCCCUCAAACAAAUCGCACUUAUUUUUGUAUGUAUUUUUAUUCAUGUACCCAUGUUCAAAUGGUGACGUCUAUGUGGCAUGUGUGAAUGUCAUUGACAUAGAUUAAAUUGUACAGUAAUGA